UCCUCAGUUGUCGAGACGGUUACUUGGGGAGCCAGUGCCAGUUUCGUGACCCGUGCGUCACCUCCUCGCCAUGCAUGAACGGUGGCACGUGCCAAGCCGUGUCCCGGGGGAACACGGUGGACUUCAGCUGCACCUGCAAACCUGGCUUCACCGACCACCGCUGCAUAAAGCCCACCGUUGACAACGCCUGCCUCAGCUCGCCCUGCCGCAACGGGGGCACCUGUGAGCUGGAGAGCCUCAGGGUGUUCAAGUGCCGCUGCCCCCCAGGAUGGUCCGGUAAAUUGUGCCAACAAGCCGACCCCUGUGCCUCCAACCCGUGUGCCAAUGGUGGUCAGUGCUCUGCAUUCGAGUUCAAUUAUAUCUGCACGUGCACACCCUUCUUCUAUGGCCAGACCUGCAAGCAGGAUGUCAACGAGUGCGCCCAGAGCCCGUCGCUCUGCGAGAACGGCGGCGUGUGUGUCAACGAAGUCGGCACAUACCGUUGCCAGUGUCCAGCGGAGUACACGGGCAGGCACUGUGAGAGCCGCUACAUGCCCUGCAACCCAUCUCCGUGCCACAACGGGGGCACGUGCAUCCAGAGAGGAGAGACGAGCUACGAGUGCUCCUGUGUGCCAGGUUUUUCUGGAAAGAACUGUGACCACAAUAUUGAUGACUGCCCGGGUCACGAGUGCCGAAAUGGUGGGACCUGCGUAGAUGGGGUCAACACUUACAACUGCCAAUGUAAACCGGAAUUUACUGGCCAGUUGUGUGACAAGGAUGUUGACGAGUGCCUACUGAUGCCCAACGCCUGCCAAAAUGGCGGCACGUGCCACAACACCUUCGGCAGCUACCAGUGUGUGUGCGUAAACGGCUGGACCGGCGACGACUGCAGUGAAAACAUCGACGACUGUGCCAGCGCUGCCUGCUACCAGGGCUCCACCUGUCACGACCGCGUGGCGUCCUUCUUCUGCGAAUGUCCCCACGGGCGCACAGGUCUGCUGUGCCAGCUGAAUGAUGCUUGCAUCAGUAACCCCUGUCAGAAGGGCUCCAAUUGUGACACCAACCCCGUCAGUGGGAACCACGUGUGCACCUGCCCCCCGGGCUACAUCGGCGCCUCCUGUGACCAAGAUGUUGAUGAGUGUUUGCUGGGGUCCAACCCGUGUGAGCACGCAGGAAAGUGUCUCAACACCAAAGGCUCCUUCCAGUGCAAGUGUCAGCGGGGUUACGUGGGGCCGCGCUGUGAGCUGGACAUCAACGAGUGCAUGUCCAACCCUUGUAUGAAUGAGGCCACCUGCCUGGAUCAGAUCGGAGACUUUCACUGCAUCUGCAUGCCAGGCUACGAGGGGGAGUUCUGCGAGAUCGAUACGGACGAGUGCGCCAACAGUCCCUGCCUGAACAACGGCAAGUGUAUCGACAAGAUCAACACCUUCCACUGCCAGUGCCCCACAGGCUUUACCGGGACCCUGUGCCAGAUAGAUAUUGAUGAAUGUGCCAGCACACCAUGCAAGAACGGCGCCAAAUGCUCAGACGGACCAAACAAGUACACGUGCGAGUGCACUGAAGGGUACAGCGGCAGGCAUUGCGAGACGGAUAUUGACGAGUGUUCCUCGGACCCGUGCCACUAUGGCACCUGCAAGGACGGCUUGGCCUCCUUCACCUGCCACUGUCGCCCCGGGUACACCGGUCGGCUGUGUGAGACAAACAUCAACGAGUGUCACAGUCAGCCCUGCCGCAACGGAGGCACCUGCCAGGAUCGUGAGAACGCCUACAUCUGCAACUGCCCAAAGGGCACCACUGGUAUCAACUGUGAAAUCAACAUAGACGACUGCAAGAGCAACCCCUGUGACUACGGCACCUGCAUCGACAAGAUCAACAGCUAUGAGUGUGCCUGUGAGCCCGGUUACACUGGAACUAUGUGUAACAUCAACAUUGAUGAGUGCGCCAUCAACCCCUGUCACAACGGCGGCACCUGUAUUGAUGGCAUCAAUGGCUUUACCUGCAUGUGUCCAGACGGUUUCCAUGAUGCCACCUGCUUCUCCCAGGUCAACGAGUGCCUCAGUAGCCCCUGUAUCCAUGGACACUGUGAGGACAAGAUCAACGGCUAUAAAUGUCUGUGUGACUCUGGCUGGAGUGGUAAAAACUGUGACAUCAAUAACGAUGAAUGCGAGUCCAACCCCUGUAUGAAUGGAGGCACCUGCAAGGACAUGACCAGCGGAUACGUGUGCACCUGUCGUAUGGGCUUCACUGGGCCAAGCUGCCAGACCAACAUCAACGAGUGUGCCUCCAACCCCUGCCUCAACCAGGGGACGUGUAUCGAUGAUGUCGCAGGCUACAAGUGCAACUGUGUUCUACCUUACACCGGAGAGAACUGUGAGACCCUGCUAGCCCCCUGUGGCCCCAAGCCCUGUAAGAAUGGAGGUGUGUGUCGAGAGUCUGAAGACUACGAGAGCUUCUCCUGUGUUUGCCCAGAGGGAUGGCAAGGCCAAAUCUGUCAGGUAGACAUCGACGAGUGUGUGAAACACCCCUGUCGCAACGGAGCCACCUGCCAGAACACCAUGGGUAGCUACAACUGUGGCUGUAAACCAGGCUAUAGUGGAAGUAACUGUGAGACUGACAUCGAUGACUGCAAGCCCAACCCUUGCAGCAAUGGAGGGCUCUGUAAGGACGAGGUGAAUGGUUUCCUGUGCACCUGCCUGCCCGGGUUCCGGGGCACCAAGUGUGAGGAGGACAUAAAUGAGUGCGAGAGUAACCCCUGCAAGAACGGGGCCAACUGCACUGACUGCGUCAACAGCUACACCUGCACCUGCCCACCUGGCUUCAGUGGGAUCCACUGUGAAAACAACACCCCCGACUGCACCGAGAGUUCUUGCUUUAAUGGUGGAACCUGUGUGGAUGGCAUCAACACCUUCACCUGCCUGUGCCCUCCAGGCUUCACAGGCAGCUACUGCCAGCAUGACAUAAAUGAGUGUGACUCAAAACCCUGCCUGAAUGGCGGCACCUGUCAGGACAGCUACGGCACUUACAAGUGCACCUGCCCCCAUGGGUAUACUGGGCUCAAUUGUCAGAACCUGGUACGCUGGUGUGAUCUGUUGCCCUGUAAGAAUGGGGGAACCUGUUGGCAGACAGGUACUACCUACAGCUGUGAGUGUCAAACUGGAUGGACAGGCCUCUACUGCGAUGUGCCAAGUGUCUCCUGUGAGGUGGCAGCCAAACAGAGAGGCGUUGACGUGGCUCACUUGUGCCAGAACUCUGGCCAGUGUCUGGAUGCUGGGAACACUCACUACUGCCACUGCCAGGUUGGGUACACGGGUAGCUACUGUGAGGACCAGGUGGAUGAGUGCACGCCGAACCCCUGCCAAAAUGGAGCCACGUGCUCCGACUUCCUGGGAGGCUACUCCUGUAAGUGUAUGCCAGGCUAUGUGGGGACCAACUGCUCUGACGAGAUCAAUGAGUGCUUCUCCCAGCCUUGCCAGAACGGGGGCACCUGCAUUGACCUGAUCAAUACCUACAAAUGCUCCUGUCCCCGGGGAACCCAAGGCGUGCACUGCGAGAUCAACAUCGACGACUGCAACCCGUUCAUGGACCCUGUCACCAAUGAGCCCAAAUGUUUCAACAAGGGCAAGUGUGUUGACCGUGUGGGGGGCUACCAUUGUAUCUGCUCAGCGGGAUAUGUGGGGGAACGCUGCGAGGGGGACAUCAACGAAUGCCUGUCCAACCCUUGUGACCCCCGGGGCACGCACAACUGCAUCCAGCUCACCAACAACUACCGCUGCGAGUGUCACACAGGAUAUACUGGCCAGCAGUGUGACAUGGUGUUUGACGGUUGCAAAGGGAAGCCUUGCCGAAAUGGAGGGACCUGUGCUGUAGCCAGUAACACACCUCAUGGCUUCAUCUGCAAAUGUCCUCCUGGCUACACCGGCUCCACGUGCGAACAUGAUGCCCAGGCCUGCGGCAGCUUCCACUGCCGUAAUGGAGGCACCUGCAUCUCGGGCCCCAAGAGCCCCAAGUGCCUGUGUACGCCAUCCUUCACAGGACCCGAAUGCCAGUACCCCACCGACAGCCCCUGCAACUCAGACCCCUGCUACAACGGCGGCACCUGCGAGUACACCUCCGAGGCACCAUUCUACCACUGUGUCUGCCCAACCAAUUUCAACGGCCUCCGCUGCCACAUCCUGGACUACAGCUUCCAGGGCGGGUUCGGCCACGACAUUGUGCCCCCUCCAUCAGAGAUGGAGGUGAGCUGCGAGAUCCCGCAGUGCGAGGGCCGGAAAGGCGACAAUUUCUGCGACAUGCUCUGUAACAACCACGCAUGUGGCUGGGAUGGCGGCGACUGUUCGCUCAACUUCAACGACCCAUGGAAGAACUGCUCAGUUGCUCUGCAGUGCUGGCGUUACUUCAACGACGGCAAGUGUGACUCACAAUGUGACAACGCUGGCUGCCUCUACGACGGCUUCGACUGUCAGAACCUAGAGGGACAGUGCAACCCUCUGUACGACCAGUACUGCAAGGACCACUAUGCUGACGGCCACUGCGACCAGGGCUGUAACAAUGCAGAGUGCGAGUGGGACGGCCUCGACUGCGCCAACAACGUGCCCGAGAAGCUGGCAGUGGGGCGGCUGGUCGUGGUGGUGCACAUCCUUCCCGACCAGCUCCUGAACAACUCGUAUGGCUUCUUGCGCGAACUGAGCCGCAUCCUCCACACCAAUGUGGUGUUCCUCAAGAACGCCAAGGGUGAGAUGAUGGUGUUCCCGUACUAUGGCAGCGAGCAGGAGCUGAAGAAGCAUAAUAUGAAGCGCUCGGUGGAUGCUUGGCCCGAUGUGCCCGGGAAGGUGGUGAACGUUGUGAAGAGAAGCCUAUAUGCCAUGAUGGGCAGGGCUAGCCGGAUGAGGAGGGAGCUCGACCACAUGCAGAUUAAAGGUUCCAUAGUCUAUCUGGAGAUCGACAACCGCCAGUGUUUUCAGCAGUCCUCAGAAUGCUUCCAGAGCGCUACCGAUGUUGCAGCUUUCCUCGGGGCCUUGGCGUCCAGUGGCAAACUGAAUGUCCCCUAUGUCAUUGAGGCUGUACACAGUAUGUACACCUAUACAUACAGCACCUUUAUGUACACGCUUGGUGCACACCUAUACUCAUGGACAUGUGAACACACACACACACAAACACAUGCACACACGCACACUUCAUCACAAAGUGUGAGGAGCUGCUGCAACCUUCACCUCACUGAAUGUAAUACCAGGACUUAAUGCAUCUCUAAGGGUUUAGGUUGGGGAGUUUAUCAUUUCAAAAUCGUUAGUGGAAAAAAAAGCAAGAAGGGGAGGAAUUGAUCGGGAGUGUGCUAGAAGUUGGGAGUCUUUGUUAUCUCGAAAAUCCUAAUAAAUCCUUCGUCUUUACAGCUUAAAGCGCGUGCAGUAAUUUGAAGUUCAUUAAUCCUCCUUCUACGUUUUUUUUUUCUUCUUUCUUUCCCCUUAAAGAAGAAAUUGUAAAGUUGUCUCUUGGUACCUUGGGUUGAGAGAGGAGGUGGUGGGUUUUUUUUUUUCCUUUUUUUUUUUUAGAUCACGCCCAUCCUCUUGUGGUUUUUUUUUUUCUUCCUCGUGAUGAGAAGUGGUUAGCAAUUCUGAUUAUUACUGAACAGAUAGUAGAAGCUAGCUUGACAAAAGGCGAGGAUCGUCAGUCAGUUCCCGUCGCUGGCUGAUUGUGGACAAACCGGGGAAGGCGGUGUUUUCGUAGCAGUAACCGCUGGGUGAAGAGGACCUGGACUAGCCACCACCUCAGACACUCAGCCUCGACCUGGGUGUCCCGGGUCUGUCUUUUGUCCGUCUGUCCGCCUCUAUCCGUCCCGAUUAUGCU